CACAGUUGGUGAACUACCUCUAUUUGGUCAAGGACUAUGUUGUUAAAAAAAUCUUUCAAACUGUUUAUUUUCCGCGUUUCUUGGAUUCUUUUAGGGGUCUGAUCGGCGUUUAGGGGGGAACUGUGUGAGCGGCCCGUGUGAGGACUGUGUGUCCGGCCCGGGUGAGACUUCUUCGGACAGCUGCUUAGCGGUUUUCCGAUCUGGAGGUUUCACUGCAAGUUAGCUCAACAGCUAAUCCGAAAAGUCACGUCACCUGUGCGGACUCGAAUUAAAAGUUUCCCCGCAGAGCCGGGACAGCCGGGUGAGUUUUAACCGGAUGUCCUUACUAAACUUUGUCUCGAGUGUUUUUUCGCGGGGUUUGUAUAUAAUCUCGCUUUUACGCAGACGUUAAAUUUGCGUUGGAAACGGCAGCAAGUGAAGCGUAUCCGCGGGGAAUAAAUGACGUCGCCCCCCGCAGUGAAACACGGAUAAGGGUCUUUUUUGUGAGGGAAAUGCGAUAGAGAGAAGACAGCGUCCGUGUUCAGCGGCUCUACGGUUAGCUGCUCGAGAGGCCUGCGGGUCGGGCUUCCACCGGGCUUGAGUAGAGCCCGACGCCGCCGUCUGAAGGUCGGAGGCCGGCAGUCGGCGCUUCCACCGCCGGGCCUUCGUACCGAGGUAUGGAACGGAUGGAAGUCGACCAGUGCGCAGGCGCAGCUGGCGGGGCAGGAGGCGGGGCACUCCGUAGAUCUAACAGCGCCCCCAUGAUCACCAGCGUCAGUGAUGGGAUGGCGGUCUUCAGUCCCGUGACGUCAGCUCGGUACAGACGCAGCAGUGUGUCCAUCAACCCCAGCUGCCCCUCACAGCUCGUCCCUCUCUCUCCUUUCUCUCUGACCGGAGACAGACUGGACCAGAAGAGGCAGGAGGAGAACAUGGAGAUGAUGCUCAGAGGUAGUCUGCAGAGAAUAAGUGCUUCCAGUCUGAUCCCAGUUCCUUCAGUCAGUCAGUGGCACGAUCACGCAUCAGUGUGGUUUCAGUCACAGGACAGCGGUGUCACCCCUAACUCCUCCCCAAGUCCAACCCGGAGGUUCAGACCAGCAGUCAGCGCCACUGUGAGGUGGCCUGCAUUAACUCCACUCAAGAGGAAAGGAGGGGUGGAGUCAGAUGGACCACCUAAGAAGCUCUUUGUUGCCGGGGUAACAGAUCCAGCCAACAGGAGCAGCUACACAGUUAGUGUUUCCCAGACGGCGGCAGGUUCUCCGCCAGCAGGGGGCGUCAGUCCUCAGUCCAGCCCUCUGUCUCUCUCUCCUCCCCCUGCCUUCACCCCAUUCACCUCCCACCAGCACCCCGGACACUAAACCCUCCUCAUCCUCCUCGCCCGGAGUCCUGACCCUGUCACUGUGGGUGCAGACUGACAACCAGCAUCAGCUCCAGAAAAACCACGAUGAACAUCGACGCCGAUCGCACCUUAUUUCUGCUCCAGUUAAUCGCCAGGAUCACUGUAAGUCCCGCCUCUUCCUGCGACCACUGAAGAAUCACAGGAAAUGAAGUUUUCUGCUCUCUGAGCUGGUUUACUGCCAUGGGAAGUUUUUGUUCAGAGACGCUUCAGAAAGUAAAUCCUCCUGAAGUUUCUGAUUGGCUAUCAGACAUUUUUUGUUGGUUAGUUGGAAUAACCGCGCCGUUACUUUAUUUUAAACCCUCAGAGUCAGCGGUCGACUGUGACUGGGGAGAAGGACUCUUACAUCUGCUUUGUCAAAUGUGUGGCCUUAGAGUUGUGAGUCCAUCAUCUGACUGAAGUUGUGGAAUAACCCUAAAUCCAACGCCCAAAGGAAAGGUUUACAGAAGAUUCAUCAUCAGCAUCGUCGCAAGAUUCAUGAAUCUCGUGAAACCGAGGACACACUGGUUGUGUCGCCGGACAGAAGCCGGAUUCAGACUGACAGAGGGGCGUGUUGGGGGAACUCUGGGAAGCACAUGGGGAACAGCACACCUCCAAAAAAUCCAAACCUCUCUGCAGACCCAAGGAUCAAGGAUCAAACAAGCUAAUUGUUAUUCAAUACGUACAGAAGCAGGACGGAUAAAUCAAGUAAGCACAGAAACACCAAACCGCUGUGCAUGUUUGUGCACAUGCAGCACAGAGAAAACCUGUUCUUGACGAUGGAUUCACAUCUGGGGCUGCCUGUAUGAGGCUGCAGCUGAAGUCUGACCGAUCAGUCGAUGCUCUGUAUGAAGCUCCAGAUCGUCUCUGGUCAACUGUUCUGAGUUCUUAUAAGGUCUUGAGUUGUAAUCAAGACGUAGAAACACAGGAAAUGAAGAAACAUUUGAAGUGUUUAGAUUAAACGUAUCUACGAAGACAUCGAGGUAGUUCUGGAAGAUCUGCUUCCAACUUCAGCGAUCCAGUCGACACGUCGAGGAUCUGAACGGAACAAAGAAAAUUCAGGAAAUACUCCCACGUUGUCGUGGAGGUUUUGGAAAACCACAUGUAAACGUAUAUCGAUCUUUCCAUCGAGUCGAAACAAUCUGAUGAAAUUUCGGAAGUUUGGCAGUUGAAGUCGCUGGGAUUAAUGAUUCCACUAGCACUUAUUCAAAACAGUGAACCAGGGUUAAGAUCAUGAGUUUGCAUCUUUUAUCAACAACGCAAAUUAUGAAAUAUACAGAAGCCCAAAUAUCCAAUCAAACACGUCCAAACAGUCCCUGUCCAAACUCAGAAUCCACAUGAAGGGGUUGUAGCUUUCUGUCUUAGAGAACCUUUACGUUUGAGCCCAAAGUAGCUCAACCGGACAAACCUGAGAUUCAGCCACUGAACAAAGUUUCAGUCAUUGAAGAUUUUUGUGUUUUAACGAAAAAUGUCUCGUCUGUGUCGACUGAGUCCACCUGACUGAAACUUCUAGUUUUACCAGAAGGAACCCGACAGACAUCAGUUAUUUGUCAAACGUUUGUCGAAUGUUUGUUAGCGAUGGUUCCUCUGUUGGAUGUUUGGUUUCCUCCCAGCUUGAGAGACUGGUUUAAUAACUGGCUCCCAGUGAAGAAACUGAGGUUUAAUUUGUUAAUAAUGUAUCUAUAUGUGAAUAUUGACAGUCAGAGCAGCUUAUAAGUGCUCAGUUUUCUUCAGGCUGCAGGGUUUGAUUGUACAUAUUAAAUCUGCAGGAAGUGGAUGUGCUCUGCCCUUUUUAACAUUUUUACUUUUUCUUUUAUUUCCGUUUGUUUUCUCUUCGAGCGUCUUCAAUCUUUUUUUACUUGAAAUCAGCCGCCUUGUCCUUCAGAAAUAUGUUUGGAUUUUUUCUGCCAAGCAGUUCACGAAAGCUCACGUGAUUAGUCAGAGACACUCGAUGGAUACCAAGAAAGCCCGUUGGUUUAAUACUUCAUAUUUCACAGAACUAUGAUAAUCAGAGGGCCGGGCAAUAAUCCAGUGUCAUCAGUUAUUUGAUGGGACUUAUGUACAUAUAUAUUCCAUAUCAGGUUCCAAACAGUUAUCAGAAAAUAUCCAUAUGAGCACAAUAACCGUGUUGACAACAUUUCCUUGCUUUAGCUGUCCUGUUAAUACGUCAUCGGUUUAAUUCCCAUAUCUACGGAGCCUCAGAGGGGACAUGACUCUAAGCACAAACUAUCCCCCACUGAACGACCUAAAAUCUAUCAAUCCUGUUCUUCACCUUCAAGAUACUAACGCUUGUAAAUAACUUCUGCUCACUAGAAAACUAUCUGACUCACAGGAGUGUAUCUGUCGCUGUCCAGAAACUCACCAGAAACAAUCAAUGCUCAAGAGGACAACCUACACCUCUUUACAAAUGUCUGGUCUGCGCUAGAACUGCCCGACACUCAGUCAAAACUACAGAAUGACAUUGAACGCCUCAAAAUGACCUGGCAUCAGCAAGAAACUAUUAGACUCUCACCUGAAACUGUCCAAACUAUUUCAAAUUCAUUGACACUAUCUGGAGCCAACAAAAAAAAAAAACUAUCCAGCACUUAGUAGAAACGUAUGUAGCGCCAACAUUAACCUUCUCUACUAGAAUCAAACUAGCUCACAAUGACAAAACGUUGGUGUAUGAUUGGUGUCCCAGUCUGUGAAGUCACAUUGCGUUUCAGCGUUGUGGGAGCACAUACACACACAGUCAGACAUGCACACACACACACACACACACACACACACAUAGCGCUGCGCUAGAUUCUGUUUCUAGCGCAGAUUCUGUUACUACCUCCAAAGACCGAACAGACCCCCAUUACACCGUUGCCACAUUUAGAUUGAAGGUGUCUGAACAGGGCUACUGAAUACGAUCUGACACUCACUAGAAACUUUAGUCUUGAGUCUAGAGUCGGAUCGGUCGGCUUGACACCCCAACAGGAGGGUAGCAAAAAGUAGGAAGGUACAGAUCGUAUAUUUUUGUACCCUUCCAAACUUUUGAUGGUGGAAACGCCGACAAAUGUACCGUAGUGAAUCGAACUGAACCAGAACGCCCGGUAUUCAGAGCUCUAUAGAAACUUUCUAGCACUUACCUGAAACAAUCUGACUCCACCAAGAGUAUCUGGUUCCAAACAGCUCAUUUCCCCUCCGAGGCUCCUUAAAAAUCAAACUCCUCCUCAGUUUGCACCGAGGAAACUGGUCUGAGUCGCAAUAUUUAGCACAAGCUUGUAGCUGUUGCUGUUCCGUCAGAGGUGAUGAUUGUGUGAUUGUGUGUGUGUGUGUGUGUGUGUGUGUGUGUGUGUGUGUGUGUGUGUGUGUGUGUGUGUGUGUGUGUGUGUGUGUGUGUGUGUGUGUGUGUGUGUGUGUGUGUGUGUGUGUGUGUGUGUGUGUGUGUGUGUGUGUGUGUGUGUGUGUGUGUGUGUGUGUGUGUGGGGGGUCUUAAAUGAGCUGCAGUUCUGCUUCCAACUUUUGCACUUUCACAGUAUUGUACAGUUUUGUAUGUUCACUCAUCAUCGUGCCUAAACAUGUCGUCAUAUUUCAGAGGACCGUCGGUCGGGCUGUUUAUUUUUCCAUCCCAUCAGAUUCAUUGACAGGAAGUUUGACCUGUUCUUGUUUCACACCUGACACACCUGUGCGAUAUGUUUGUACAUAGUCUCUAAUAAGCUGUUUUUAUAGAUGUGUCUCUAUCGACCCCCUCUCUUUUGAAACGUAAACAUCCGAGUGAGCGUGGGUCGCUGCAAACACAAACCUGACUUCUUCAAAAUGUUUCCAAAUCUCGCCGUGACAGAUUUGACGUCAUUUCUUUCUUUUGUUUCUGUCACGACUUUGCACAUUUCUAUUUAGAUCACUUUAAUCUUUUAGGUUACAUGAUCAUGAAAAUGCAUCGUCAUGUAAGAAAAUGCUGUUAAAUAUAGCUGCUUUUUCUGUGUU